AUGGAAAACGACGUAGCUACGCUCGUUACCUACGCCGCUUUUCUUGUUGACGGAAAUGUUAUUACAAACCUUCUGAGCAUCGGAGGAAAGACUUCAUUCACGGGUCCGGACCCACCCGCCCCAGCAAUUGUGGGAGGUCUAAACACUCAUGCUGUGUUCGAAGCUGAUUGGCAACCUCUUGUUAUCCAGCUGAUUUCUUUUUUUGGAAAUAAUCACGACUUCAAUGAAACACUCUUUGACCAAUUUGUAGACUUUAGCAACCGCUUUGGCGCCGGAAAAUUCAAUUACACAGUCGCAGCAGAGCUCAGAGCCGAACGUAUCAAACAAUCAAUCGCAACCAAUCCCACCUUCUCCUUUGUCUCUCCGCGCUACUACACCGCCUUUGCCGAGUCCACUUUUCCUGUCAACUUUUUCAUCGACGGCCGGCGCACAGAUGGGCAACUAGAUAUGACCACAGCGCGUGGGUUCUUCCAGGACUCACGCAUGCCCGACGGGUUCUUUCGACACAACGGGAGCAUAGGCAUCGAUGGCCUAGGUCAAGUUUUCAAUCCUCAUCCUAUCGCACCAGGCAGGAACGUGAAUGGAGUUAAUACCUACACUCUCGACCCCACUUCCGCUGAUUUUACCGACUUCUGCCUUCUCUACACCAACUUUGUCAACGAGACUGUCAGGAAUUUAUAUCCAAACCCAACAGGCAUCUUGCGACAGGCUUUAAACACCAAUCUGGGCUUCUUGUUCCAAACCGGCUUCGAGGACUCUGGAUGUGUUCAAAUAUUUCCUUUUGGGCAGGAUUAA